AUGGAAAAUGGACUCAUGGAGGGAGACGCGGAGAAAAGGAGGAAAAAGAAAAACCCCGGAGGGGGGACCGGUGCGUUUGGCGUUUUGGGCCUCAACAAGUCCCUCUGCCUAACCCUCGAGCGCAAAUUCCGCUACAAACAGCCCUCAGCCAUACAGAGGAAGACGAUUCCGCUGGUUUUGAAAAGGACUGACGUCGUUUGCAUCGCAAGGACCGGGUCCGGGAAGACCAUCGCGUACUUGGCGCCGAUCAUCCAGCUGCUGGACGUCCACUCGACCACCGUAGGCUCCAGAUGCCUUGUACUGCUGCCCAGCAGGGAACUGGCACUCCAAGUGGCUUCUGUGGUCAAGAAGUUCGUAGGAAAAACCGAUGGACUGCGCCACGCCACUCUGAUUGGAGGACAGGCCCUGGAGACCCAGUUUGGCUCCCUGGCGUUUAAUCCGGACAUUGUCAUUGCCACACCCGGGCGUCUCUCGCAGCACCUGGUCGAAAAGAGCUUUGACAUGAGUCUCUUGGAGCACUUUGUGAUCGACGAAGCUGACAAGCUUUUCGAGAUGGGAUUCCUUCCAGACGUCUACAGGGUGUUUUCCAUGCUCCCAGAGAACAGACAAGUCGUGCUGGUUAGCGCUACACUCCCCUCGGAAGUCUCUGAGUUUGUCAGCUUUGGGCUCUCCAACCCGGCAGUCACAAAAAUUGACCAGGACAUGCAAAUCAAUGAGCAACUGGAACUCGCGUUUGUCUACUCGAGGAUCAUCCUAUUUGUGGCGACCAAGCAUCAUGUGGAGUUUUUUCGUUGUCUCUUGACCAAAAAUGGGCACAAGGUUUCGGCGGUUUAUGGUUCAAUGGACAUGUCCAUGCGUACGUCUCAAAUGUCGCAAUUUCAAAGCUUUAAGACUACAAUUUUAAUUGUAACAGAUUUAGCCGCCAGAGGUUUGGAUCUUCCGCUGGUUGACAUUGUUGUAAACUUUGACUUCCCUCACUCCUCCAAGCUGUUUAUCCACCGUGUUGGUAGGACUGCUAGAGCGGGGAAGCAGGGUUUAGCGGUGUCCCUAUUGACCCUCUACGAUUUUGCCUUUUGCUUUGAGAUUUUGGAAACCAUUGGACGGAAAAUGGCAAUUUCUGGAGCAACCCCCGAGGGUAGUGAAGGAGGACUUAAAAAUGAUACAUGCAUGGUUGGAACAGUAGGAAAUGUCGUAUCUUGGGUUGAAAAGAUAAAUGAACAAAUAUCAAAUGAUUCAGAGUUGGAAAGUUUGAAUACCAGUAUGGAGAAUUCUUACAAUCUGUACUAUAAGACCAGACCGAAUCCAUCUAAUAUCGCAAUUGAUAAAUCGCAGUCAUUGUUAGAAUCGCUUGGCGGUAUUGCCGUUAUCGCAGCCUCUGUUCAUCCACUUUAUACCGGGGACGUUCAGACUCCACAAGGUAGUGGAGAUGAAAACCAACAAGAUGCCAGAAAUGCGAUUCUGGAUUAUCUGCACGGCUUUAGACCCACCGCCCUAAAGACUACAAUGCUAACUACAGUUUCCCAGGAAUCCAUAGAUGUUAUGACUAAACGGAAGGAAUUUGCUCAAAAGUUUAUGGUCUCACGUAAGAAUAGGGAUCUUGGUAAAUUGCUCAACAAUGAUGUGAAUGUUCCUGCGGAAGUUGCAGAUGUAAACGUUGAAUUAGCUCCGUCAAAAGACUCGUUUCUAGUCCCAUCAGCUAGCUCAAAUGAGGAACUGCACCUUCCAAACAUUACGCUAAACAUAACUCCAGAUACUGAAGAGUUGAUGCAAAAGACCAGGUUUCAGAGGAAGCAACAAUGGAACCCAAAGAGAAAGCGUUUCAUGGACGUUACCGUGGACACAAUGACCAACCGGGUGAUUAAAAACGAGUCUGGAUUAAAGGUUAAAAAGGGAAUUGAAAACAAGGGCCAGCUAAAGCAAUGGAUGAAGAAAUCUAGCCAGAGGAUACAAAAGGUUGGAGAACAAGAAAAUGUUAAAAAAGGCAAGAGGAUGGCCAGUACAAGAGACGACCAUGCAGAUGAUGAAAACGUUACAGACUUUGAAGAGCUUAAAACCAUGUUCCCAAAACAUGCCGCGACAUUUGAAGCCGCGCAACUUAAACAUAAGCUUACUCAUAAGCAAAAGAGGACGAUAAAGAGACUCACUACGAAACCCAGUGCAGAUAAACCAGAAAAGAGGGAGCUGCAAAAGAAGGUUAGCAAGAAAAAGAAGAGGACCAGCAAGGCGGAAUUCCAAAAGAAACAAAUGAGAAAGAUUGCCGCAAAGGGAGCACCGGGCAGGAGCAAAGUAAUUGUCCGCAAGAACAAGGGGAAAAAGAGAUAA